AUGGAGAAAACGGUUCACAUAGCAGUAGUUCCUGGUCCUGGCUUUAGCCACUUGGUUCCAAUUCUUCAGUUUUCCAAGAGACUUGUUCAGCUGCAUCCAAACUUUCAUGUCACAUGCCUAAUUCCCACACUUGGUUCUCCCCCAAGUGCCUCAAAAUCCAUUCUUGAAACUCUUCCACCAAACAUCAACUCCAUUUUUCUUCAACCUAUCAAAGCUGAGGACCUACCACAAGGGGUUGCCAUAGAAACUCAAAUUCAGUUCACAGUGACUCUAUCUCUGCCAUCUAUACACCAGGCCUUGAACACCUUAACUUCAAAGAACCCCUUUGUGGCCUUGGUAGCUGAUUCUUUUGCCUUUGAAGCAUUAGAUUUUGCUAAGGAGUUCAACUUGUUGUCCUAUAUUUACUUCCCUUCAUCAGCAACAACACUGUCUUGGUACUUUUAUGUGCUCAUAUUGGACAAGGAAACGUCAUGUGAGUAUAGAGACUUGCCUGAGCCUGUUAAAAUACCAGGCUGUGUUCCAAUUCAUGGCAGGGAUCUCAAUAACCAAUCUCAAGACCGAUCAAGUCAAGUAUACAAACUCUUCAUCCAGCGUGUUCAGCGGUUCUGUUUUGUUGAUGGGAUUUUCAUUAAUAGCUUCUUUGAAAUGGAAACAAGUCCCGUAAGAGCAUUGAAAGAGGAGGGAAGGGGGUACCCUCAUGUUUAUCCUGUUGGGCCAAUUGUUCAAACUGGUGAUGAUGCAAAAGGGUUGGAGUUGGAAUGUCUAACAUGGUUGGACAAACAACAAGUUGGUUCAGUUUUGUAUGUUUCUUUUGGGAGUGGUGGAACACUCUCACAAGAACAAAUAACUGAGCUGGCUUAUGGUUUGGAAUUGAGUAAUCAUAAGUUCUUGUGGGUUGUGAGAGCACCAAGUAGUUUAGCCUUUGAUGCAUAUCUUAGUGCACAAAAAGAUGUCGAUCCUCUACAUUUCUUGCCAUGUGGGUUUUUGGAGAAAACCAAAGAGCAAGGUAUGGUAAUUCCUUCAUGGGCACCCCAGAUUCAAGUCCUUGGUCACAGUUCAGUUGGAGGGUUUUUGACUCACUGUGGUUGGAAUUCAAUCCUUGAGAGUGUGUUGCAUGGUGUGCCACUCAUCACAUGGCCACUGUUUGCAGAGCAGAGAAUGAAUGCGGUUGUGUUACGUGAGGGUCUGAAAGUGGGAGUGAGGCCAAAAGUUGGUGAAAAUGGGUUGGUGGAAAGGGUGGAAAUUGCUGAGGUAAUAAAGUGUUUGAUGGAAGGGGAAGAAGGUGGGAAAAUGCAUAAAAGAAUGGAGGAAUUAAAAGAAGCUGCAACUAAUGCACUCAAAGAAGAUGGAUCUUCUACCAAGACCCUUUCUGAGUUGGUACGAAAAUGGGAAAGUUUGGUUUAG